AUGUCGAGUCCAUUGGCUGUAUUCGGUCAUGGAGUGUCCAACUUACUCGGAUGGGUCUACACCCUUGCGUGGGGAGUCAGCUUUUACCCGCAACUGACCUUGAACUACAAGCGGAAAUCCGUGCGCGGUCUGUCGCUCGAUUUCCUGGCUCUUAACGUUUUCGGCUUCUUGUGUUACUCCACUUCAACCGUCGGUUUACUCUUAUCGCCCAUCGUCCGGAAAGAAUAUGGCGAUCGACAUAACGGUGGAGUCCCUAACGUUCGCUUCAACGACCUCGUCUUCGCCCUCCAUGCACUCGUCCUCAGCACGCUUACCUGGCUCCAGAGUUUCUACUACAAGAGAGACAUCACUCAGAGGGUCUCGCCAAUCACUCGGACGGCUUUGACCCUACUGAUAAUGACGAUUGGCUGUCUGCUGAUCUGGACGCUCGACUCUGAAUCCAUCUCCUCACGCCACCACGACGUCUUCCAAUGGAUCGACCUGAUCACUGCUCUGUCAACUAUCAAGGUCUGGAUCUCCUUUGCCAAAUAUCUGCCCCAAGCUAUCCUCAACUGGAGACGCAAAAGUACGGUCGGAUGGAGCAUUCAAAACAUCAUUCUUGAUUUUACUGGUGGCGUCUUGAGUCUUGCUCAAAUGAUUCUCGAUGCAGGUCUCGAUAAUGAUUGGAGUAGUAUGACUUCGAAUCCAGGAAAACUUGGGAUAGCUAUUUUGUCAAUUGCCUUUGAUGUCGUUUUUCUAGUUCAACACUACGUACUCUAUCCCCAAAGUUUACCUUAUCUGAGGAGUGACACUGGCUCAGAGACCGACGGCCUGAUUGCUUGA